AUGCUCUUCUUGAUAACCACUCUCCUUUUCUCGGCCUAUGCCGAUUGUUCACAUGGGCAAUUUGAGUUAUGCACUUCGAACAACUGUAAAGUGACAUGGGACUUUGUGUUGUUGGUAACGACUUGGCCUGGGUAUUUCUGCUCUACCAAGUGCUGUGACUCCCCAACACGUCUCAAUGGUGUGAUGACUGAUGGUUUCACCAUGCAUGGUUGGUGGCCAUCCUUCUCCUCGGGAUCGAUGCCUGCUUGCUGCACAUAUGCUACCAACAGAACAAACGUGAAAUCGACAGUCGAAGCGGACAACGACUUUCUUGACGAAGUUGCAUACUCAUGGCCAUCCCUUUCAAACUGUGAAUUCUUCCUUUACGAGUAUGACAAACACGGUGUUUGUUUAACCAACAUCUACAAAGGCGUUGAAGGUCCAAAGCAAUAUGGAAGAGCUGCAAUGAAGCUCUUAAAAACCGCCGAUGCUUGGACUGUGUUCAAAGCUGCUGGUGCUGUUGCCGAUGGUAAAACCGCAAUUAACAAACAAACUCUUUUGAAUGCUCUUGGAAAGCAAAUUGGCGUUACCAACGCAGCGUACUUCAGAUGUUCAGGCGAUUAUGUCUCCGAGCUGAGAUACUGCACCUCUGUCCAAAGUUUCGAUAUUGAUAAUCCGUACUUCCAAGAAUGUACUUCUAAGGUAUUAAGUAAGGACAAUUGCGGGUCGUCUGUUAUUUUCAUGAAAGAGCUUUCGUUAACACCAAGUGGAUGUGGUUAUUGA